GGGACCGCGGAAAUACAGAAGCGUCUGCGUGCGUCGGGCUGUAACUUCACCAUGGCGGCGCGCAGAUGGUCCGGCUGGCUCGGCGUUUGGUAUUUUUGCGCAUUGUUGGAUGUGGCUUGUCUGCAGGGGUCCGGGGGCAUGCUGUACCCCCGGGAGACCCCCUCCAGAGAGGUGAAACAGCUGACCGGAUUGUGGAGCUUCAGAGCGGAUAUGUCUCCCAGUAGGAACGAGGGCUUUGACAGGGCAUGGUACAAAAGUCCACUGGCAACUACUGGUCCUGUCCUUGAAAUGCCAGUUCCUGCCAGCUACAAUGACAUAACCCAGGAUGCCAAGCUGAGAGACUUCAUAGGGUGGGUGUGGUACGAGCGAGAGGUGGUGGUGCCCUCCCGCUGGGUCCAAGAUGAAGGAACACGAGUGGUGCUCCGUGUUGGAAGUGCUCAUUAUUAUUCAGUUGUGUGGGUGAAUGGAGUUCAGGUUGUGGAGCAUGAAGGCGGCCAUCUUCCCUUUGAGGCUGAUAUUGGGAAUGUAAUCAGAAAGGAUCCAACUGUGACCUGCAGGAUCACCAUCGCUGUGAAUAAUACACUCACACUAACAACUCUUCCUCCAGGAACAAUCACCCACCUGGAUGACCACACUAAAUAUCCUGCCGGCUAUUUUGUUCAAAACAUCUUCUUUGAUUUCUUUAACUAUGCUGGAAUUCAUCGUCCUGUGCUGCUCUACACUACACCGAAGGUUUAUAUUGAUGACAUCACUGUGAUUACAGACUUUGCUGACAGCACCGGUUUAGUUAAAUACGAGGUGUCUGUGAAGGGCGCAUCCUCAGCUAAACUGAAGGUCACUCUGAUGGACAAAGACGGUCACUGCGUCGCCACGUCCAAUGGGCCAUCUGGACUGCUCAAAGUGGCUGAUGUCAAGCUGUGGUGGCCGUACCUGAUGCAUGAUAAUUCAGGAUACCUUUACUCUAUGGAGGUUCAAAUGUCUGCAUCAGAUGGACGGUUUACAUUUGAGGAUGUGUAUGCAUUACCUGUGGGUAUUCGCACUGUGAAUGUCACCACUACACAGUUCCUUAUAAACAACAAGCCUUUUUACUUCCAUGGAGUUAACAAGCACGAGGACUCUGAUAUUAGAGGCAAAGGCUUGGACUGGCCCCUGAUUGUCAAAGACUUUAAUUUAAUAAAGUGGUUAGGAGCCAAUUCAUUCCGCACCAGUCACUACCCGUACGCGGAGGAGAUCAUGCAGAUGUGUGACCGUCAUGGCAUCGUGGUCAUAGACGAGUGUCCAGGAGUUGGCAUUAAAGACAUCCGAAGUUUUGGGAAUGCCUCUCUAGCCCAUCACCUUUCUGUUAUGGAUGAAUUUGUGCGUCGAGACAAAAACCACCCAUCUGUGGUGAUGUGGUCUGUGGCCAAUGAGCCGGCUGCUGAGAUGCCUCCUGCUGACUAUUAUUUUAGCACAUUAAUAAAGCACACCAAAAUGCUGGACCCCACCCGCCCUGUUACUUUCAUCACUGACAGUAACUAUGCCAGAGACAAAGGGGCCCCGUACGUAGACGUCAUCUGUGUAAACAGUUACUUCUCCUGGUACCAUGAUCCAGGCCAUAUGGAGGUGAUCCCCAUCCAACUCAGCACACAGUUUGAAAACUGGUAUGGGAAAUACAAGAAGCCCAUCAUCCAAAGUGAAUAUGGAGCAGACGCAGUCCCAGGAGUUCACAGUGAUCCUCCCAUGAUGUUUACGGAGGAAUACCAGAGGGACGUACUGCAGCGUUACCACAAGGUGUUUGAUGAGAAGAGGAAACAGUAUGUGAUCGGAGAACUCAUCUGGAACUUUGCAGAUUUCAUGACUGCUCAAGGCAUCACUCGAGUGGUGGGGAAUAAAAAGGGGAUCUUCACACGACAGAGACAGCCUAAAUCUGCAGCUUUCCUCCUGAGGGAGAGAUACUGGAGUUUGGCAAAUGGAACAAGAAAGUUGCCUCCAUGGACCAGAUACCCAUGCUCCCUUUGAUCAGAUCAGAUCAAGAUCAGACCUGUGAUGAGAUUUGCAUGUACUGAGCCCAGAGCAAUGCUGCCGGUGUUUUAUGGUUGUGAGAAGUACAAUACUUAAGUACAAGUGUUACAUAUCUGUACUUGUUUACUGUGUUACUUUUAAGAGCAGGUAUCUGUACUUCGUACCCCACUACAUUUUAGGUCUAGACUGAAGUAAAAAGUACUUUUCUUUAGAGUAUGAGACCUGCUGAAAUGGUGGAGACUUUUUUUUUUAGUAGAUUUAAUUUGAAUUUCUGUCCCAAUUAUGAGCAAACCAAAUACACAAAAGCAACUACAAAAAAUAGGAAAUCACUUGAAUCACUUAAAAUCUGCAAAAUUAUUUUUCAAAAUCACUGUAUUUCAUCCUUUAAUUAUUCUAAAAGUCUCUGCGAAACUUACUUUUUUCCUCAAAGUACAUUUUCAAACAGUGACUUUUAAUACUUUUACUUAAAUAGAUUUUUUCCUGUGAUACUUCUACUUGAGUAACUUUUUAUCUUUGUGUCUGUACUUUCACUUAAGUAACAAAACGGAGUACUUCAUCCACCACUGGUUGUGAGGCACUUCUGCAGCAGCACACAAAUGCCUUAUCAAGUGCUCAUUUUCCUACUUCAAAUCUGCAUAGAGAUACUGUGCGUGAGGUAGUUGGCUGUAAUAAAUAUUUUUACUGUAUCAGGUUAUCAGACUAAGAUGUCAUUAUCUCAUGGCUUCCAAAAGAGCAUUCCUGUUUUACAUUACAGUUUAAUUUUAUAAUUUGUGUGGUCUAUGCACUAAAGUUUGUAUUAUUGCGAAUACAAACCUAUUUUUAUAUGCAAGCAAAUGAGAAAUUACUUUUAAGAAUAAAUGGUCAAUAUGUUAUAA